AUGAAGUUUUUCAAUAUGAAAGUUAAAGGACUAUCCAAAGAGGAACUGGAGACUUGUGGUGAAUUAGUACUUAUGCCAUCAGAGAGAAUUCAGACAAUACCUGAUAGAAGUACAACAGAUACAACGAAGAAACCAAGAGGUCGUGGGACUUCAUCAUUCAACAAAAAUAUAAAGUUCGACUCAGAAGGACAGUUCGACGAUGGUUACUACGAGCAAACUGAUGAGGCCAUUCAUUUUAGAUUAGAAUACGAAAUGAGGAAAAUGAAACAGGAUGAAGGACUAAAUGUUAUUUCAGAAGGUCUGGACAUAUUGAAAAAUUUAGCUCAUGACAUGAACGAGGAAUUGGAUAGGCAAGUUUCGUUGAUUGAUGAAAUCGAUACAAAGGUUGAUAAGGCAAGUAGGCAACUGGCUAGUGAUAUAAAAAACAAUAAUGUCAAACUCAAGAAAAACAUUAACAAGGUAUGGUCCAGCAGCAGCUUCUGUAUCGAUAUAAUACUUAUCUGUAUUCUUCUGGGAAUUGCGGCCUAUCUUUACAACUUUGUGAUAUCUUCCUUGAUGAUUGUUAAGUUGCUUGCUUUUGUUUACUGCGUUGUGUGUUCUGUUGCGGACAAAAUGGAGGCCGUCAUAGUUACUACUCCUUUGGGCUCAUCAGAUGCUUCAUCAGAAGAUCAAGAACUCGAUAUAAAUCGCAUGUAA